AUGGCCGCCACCGCUGAAAAGCAGGCGCCCUUCGAUCCCAAAUUCGACGACUAUGACUUCCCAACCACUGCGCCCGAGUCCAAGCCUGGCCACCCGGGCCACACAACGUCCGAGCAGGAUGAGAAGGUCGCUCAGCUGCGCUCCGAGCUGGAGCAGCUCGGUUACACGGAGCGUCUGGAUACCCUGACCAUGCUGCGGUUCCUGCGGGCUCGCAAGUUCAACGUCGAGGCUGCCAAGACCAUGUACUUCAGGUUCAUCGAGUGCGAAAAGUGGAGGAAGGAAUUUGGCACGGACACGCUGGCGGCCACGUUUGAGUACAAGGAGAAGGCGGAUGUGUUCAAGUUCUAUCCUCAAUACUACCACAAGACGGACAAGGACGGCCGGCCGGUGUAUAUCGAGAAAUUGGGCAAGAUCGACCUGAACGCAAUGUACAAGAUCACGACGGCGGACCGGAUGCUGCAGAACCUGGUGACCGAGUACGAGAAGCUGGCGGACCCGCGACUGCCCGCAUGCUCGCGCAAGGCGGGCAAGCUGCUGGAGACGUGCUGCACGAUCAUGGACCUGAAGGGGGUGGGUAUCACCAGCAUCCCGUCGGUGUACGGGUACAUCCGGCAGGCGUCGGCCAUCUCGCAGAACUACUACCCCGAACGGCUGGGGAAGCUGUACCUGAUCAACGCUCCCUGGGGGUUCAGCAGCGCCUUCAACGCCGUCAAGAGCUUCCUCGACCCCGUCACCGUCGAGAAGAUCCACAUCCUCGGCUCCGGUUACCAGAAGGAACUCCUCGCCCAGGUCCCCGCCGAUAGUCUCCCCGUCGAGUUUGGCGGUACCUGUCAGUGCGAGGGAGGCUGUGAGCUCAGUGACAUGGGCCCCUGGCAGGAAGCCGAGUGGGCUAAGCCCCCUAAAUGGUCCUCUCCGUAG